GGCAGAGCUCUGAGCCAAUAGCAUUUUAUUAAAUGGUCCACGCCCCUGUCCAAUGAAGGAAAUCUCAGAUCUUCAUCAUGAUCCGAGAUACCCUCUUUUCUUAACAAUUUAGUUUUGUAGUAAAAAAAAUUUUUUAAGUAAAAUAAGUUUGUAUUAAAUACUUGCUACCCAGACUAUGACACAGAAGAGGCAAAGUAAAAUACAAAGUCUCAUUGGUUGUUAGAUUUCUAUUUUGACCAUUCAGGAGAACUUUCAGCUAAAGCUUGUCAUAGAUUAGAUAAUAGAGGAUAUCCAAAUAUCCUGAUGGUCUUUCAUUGGCCCUAUGUUGGGUAAUCAAUUGAGGAAUGGAUUUCACAGGCAGCUCCUUUAAUGUGAAGAUAGGGUCACCCAUUAAUCAAGUACUCAUAGGAUUUGUUGAUCAAGUGCCAUAGGGCUUUUUUCCUAGUGAAGGGAUAAGAGUGAAGUAGUUAUGGGGUAGAGGGGGAGCACUUUCCAUGCCGUUGAGUCACCUCCACCACACUGGACUUGCUCAUUUACUAUCAGGUAUUGUUUAAGCAAGUGGAUUUGAAACAGAUGGUGAUUCCUUUAAGAAACUGUAUUUCCUAUUGAUCUGUGAUCCCUUUCAGAUUCUCAGCCCCUCCUGGGGAAGGCAUAAGCCCCUAGAUAAGUUAUCUUUGCAGGAUGCCAGACCCUUUGAUUCAAUUAGAAAUUCUAGUCAAAAAGCACCCCUUUGAAGUAUUGUUAAUUCCAAUAGAAGAUGGGACUGUCCCAGCCCUCAUUGGGUCUGACUUGCUUGGGCUGUCCCAGCCCCCACUGGAUCUGACUUGCUUGGGGUGCCCCAGCCCCCAUUGGGUCUGACUUGCUUGGGCUAUCCCAGCCCCCACUAAGACACCCAAUAUAAUAGCUUCCAUUUAGGAAGUCUUUUGCAGAUGGAUUUAGAUAAUGCACUCAGCUGCCAGGACCCUUCUGCCCACUGAGAAAGCAUUCUCAGUGCCAAAACUCCAUUUUCCAUAGAUCUGUCACUAUAGAAGUCAGUCUCUUGGUAAACUGAUUUCUAUCUAACAAUAAACUUUCAUUUUACAACUAAUAAUUCAGGAAUGAAUGAAUUCUUUCACUCCUAAAAUGUUUCUUUAUCCUUAAGAUCUCUCUACCCUUAAAAGUCUAUCCUAGACUCUACCAUUCCCUUAAGUUGCUAUUUUAUAUAUUUCUUCCCCUUUCUAGAAAAAGCUAUCCAUAGUUGCCUCCUCCAUUUCUUCUCACUUAUUUUUCAGCUCGUUAUAAUCUGGCUUCCCGUUUCAUCACUUAACUAAAACUGCUUUCUCCAAAGUUACCAACUUUUAAUUGACAAAUUAAAUUUAAUCUUCAAACUUCUCCCCCUUUCUUCUUCAUUUGAUACUGUUGACUAUUCUCUCAUCCUAGAUACUAUUCUCUUCUCUGGGAUUUUGUGACAUGACUGAACUCAUUCUAUUUUCCCCAAAACCCUGGGUCUUUCUCGAGUCUCUCACUGCCAUACUGCAUCGUAUACAAUACUGCCAAAGUUAUUUUCCUGAAGGACAGAUCUGACAUAUUUCCUUCUAGCUCAAUAAGCUUCAGUGGCUUCCUAUUGACUCCAAAAUGAAAUAUUUCAUCAUUAUCUAAUCCUUUUUAAAAUUUUCUAUUAUUUAAAAAUUAAGUUACAUAACAAUUAGAGACAGGAAGUAGGUCUGUGAUUUCAUUGUUAUAGAACUCCUGGGUGAGGAAACACCCUUUACUGACGUAGAUUGGCCCUUUUCUGUAAUUCACAGGCUUAUUCACGGUUGCCUGGAGCAAUGAGAGUUAAGAGUCUUGCUCAGAGGUACUGGGUCAAUAGCGUCAGGUCCUUCUGCCCUCAAGGUUGACUCUCCAAUAUACUUUGCCGCGCUGACUCUAGUUUUACAAAGUUUAUACACAAAUAAAUACAAACACAUGAAGGGGCGUCCUAAAAUUUCCCACUGAGCAUGCUCAGGAUCAAAAAAGUUUGAAGAUAACGGCUUUAGAGAAUAAAAACUAAACCAAACCGGUAAUUUCACUUAGAAAUCGCCCAUCAGCUAACUUUGAGCAGUACCGCACACCGUCUGGUCAUCAACCGCAGGCUCCGCCCAACCUCCGCUUGUUGAUUGGAUGGGGGGCGUCGGUUCCGGAUAGCCCAUUGCCGGAAAGAAGGCGGUAGGAGAUUCCAUUCUUGAAAGGAUCAAGGGAAGGUCUCUGGCCGGGUGCUAUCCUACCGGAAGGAAAAUGUAAUGACAGCACUUGAUGGGAGAGUGAAUCUCUGGUGGUUUGUGAUGUUGCUGAAGAUCUAGUGGAGAAACUGAGAAAGUUUCGUUUUCGCAAAGAAACUAACAAUGCUGCUAUUAUAAUGAAGAUUGACAAGGAUAAACGGCUGGUAGUACUGGAUGAAGAGCAUGAGGGCAUUUCACCAGAUGAGCUUAAAGAUGAACUACCUGAACGACAACCUCGCUUCAUUGUAUAUAGUUAUAAAUAUCUACAUGAUGAUGGAAGAGUUUCAUACCCUCUAUGCUUUAUAUUUUCUAGUCCUGUUGGAUGUAAGCCUGAACAACAGAUGAUGUAUGCUGGGAGUAAGAAUAAACUAGUUCAAACAGCUGAAUUAACCAAGGUAUUUGAAAUAAGAAAUACUGAAGACCUAACUGAAGAAUGGUUAUGUGAAAAACUUGGAUUUUUCCAUUAAUGUGGUAUUUAUAUACUAACCUGAUUUAUACUGGAACCAGACAUAAAUACUUAUUUAUGCCUAAAAAUGCACUGUUAUUUACAUUUUUGUUUCCUGCAGUAAAUUAAAAAACUUUCAGUUAUAAAGUUUGUAUAAAGGAGAAGAUUCUUCUUAUAGUAAUGAAAAUUUUAAAAGCAUUUCCUCGUAUUUUGUAAUUGUUUAGUGAAAUACUUCUGCAGGGAAUUUUUGCACUCUUUGUGACUAAUUUCUAUAACUUCUGGUUCAGAAUUGUUACUAUUUUCAGAAAUCAUUGGAAAGUAGGUGUUUUGCUUGUAUGAGCAAUCAUUGCCUCCUUUUGACAAAUACUGGAUAUUAACAUAUUGUUACUUGGCAAAUAUGUGAAAUGCUUAAAAGGCUUGAAUGGCCCUUUUUUUCUUUUUUCAAGGCAUUUGGGAUUAAGUGACUUGCCUGGGGUAACUGAGGCCAAAUUUAAACUCAUGUCCUCCUGAUUCCAGGAUUUAGAAUGACUCAAAUUUGAGCCUAUAAAUAAUAAGAUUGUAGAGUAUCAUGUGUUCUAAGUCCUUUUUCAUUAGUUCUGGAACUUAUUUAGUUUCCUACAUUUUUAUUCCAUAACUUCCAAUAUACAUAACUAUCAACCAAUAUUAAGUCCUAUGGAGUUAUAAACUUGAGUAUCUCCUAAUGUCAUAUGAAUGUUAGUCAUUUUAAACCUGUUAAUACUGUGCCUUUGAUUUGUUAGCUUUAAAAUUUAUCUUGAGAGUUUUACACCACCAAUAAUCCAGACUUGGUGAAAUUAAUACUUUUGUAAAGGUCCAAGUAAAAUGUUUUAUAGUGUCUAAUUCUAUAAAUGAAAUUUGUAAUAAAACCAACUACAUUUCUGUAAAUUCCAGCCAUUUCCUUGCAUUGGUGAAUGCCUGGCAGUUGAAAGUUAGGGUUUUGUAUGUGUCUGAUUUAGAUUUGUAUCAUUCAGAAGUAGUAUUAACCUUAAACUUUGGUUGUAGGCAACAAAAGUAAUAUGUCAAUUAAAUUCAUAUUGAUGUUAUAAUACUUUAGUUAUCAGAGUGUCAUUGUAGGCUAAAUAAAGAAUAGUUGAUCUAGUCUUUAUAAAUGUCAUCAGCAUAAAUCCUAUUAUGAAGUAUACUUUUAAGCAAUAAAAUUGCUUUAAAAUGUUGAAAACUGAACAUUUUACAAAGACUUGCCAAAAUGUCCUCAGUCCAGUGGUACAACCAAGUAAAUGAUUCAUCUUGUGUCUCUGUCAUUUUCUAAAAAAAUAAGCAAAAACAAUGGUUUUCUAUUUACAAUGGAUUCUAUUUAAUAAUUUCUCUCUGUCAAAUGUAUGUGCCAACUACAUUUAGAGAUUAACAUUAAGAUUUUCUUCUAUGUGUCUUCCUCAAUAGGAAAGCAAGAAAUUAAAGAAAAGAGGAUAUAAAACAGAUGAAAAAAGGAAAAGAGAGAUUUUUGUUGUGGUUGUAUAAGAGUUAGAAAAGAUUCUUUAUUUCUUCCAGAUAAAAUAUUAUUUCAAAAAAAACUUGAGAAUUUUAGGAUUCUUCAGAAUCCUAAUGAAUCUAGAAUCCUAAAUGAAAUAUCAUUUAAAUUCAUAGGAUCAUGCAUCUAGACCUGGAAGGGAUUUUACAGGUCAUCUUGUCCAACCUCUUCAUUUUAUAAUGAGAAAUGUGAAGUUAAGAAGUUCACUGACUCAAAUCACAACCUAGAUUCCAGAAUCAGCAGGAGUUUUACCUUCUAUGCUAAUAUUAGUUGCAAGCAUACUUUUGACUGAAGAAGUAAUAGUCUUGUCUCAGGUCACAGCAAUAAAAGGAAGUAAUGCUGUCAAAGAAUGUAAUUACUUUACCUGCUGUGAGCUUAAAAUAUAGGAAAUUUUUGUCUUUUAUACUAAGAUCCUUUAAGCAAUUUAUUAACCUCCUGUCAGUGAAAUUGUUGCUUUUAUUUUUUAUCUAAUUGUGGCACUGGAUUAUAAACAAUCCAGAUUCUUUAACUUGAUUUUCCCUUUGUGACCAAUGGCAUACAUACAUUUAAAGACAGCUAGUUGUAGUAAUGAGUUCAAUGGAAGUGAUUUUUUUUUUCUUCUAUGAUAAGUGGUCAUUAAAUCUGUGACCAUAGCACAGUGCUUUUAGUGGAGACAUUUUGAGUUAAAAUGUUCUUAGAAUUUGGGCCAGAUUCUCCUUUGUCACUUCAUUAUUUUAUGGUUCCAUUUCAUUUUAAAAUAUUUCCCACCUUCCAAAUAAAAACUGAUCCCAUCUAGUUCGUAAUCUAAUCUUUAUACAUAAUAGUUCCUAACAUAUCCUUCAUCUGGUAGCACUUUCAGACCUUGAGACUGUUGGGAAUGAUACUGAUCACACUUCCAAGAAAUAAUUGCCUCACAAGCAUGACUUUACUUACUUGCUGUCAAAGCAUUUAUUUUGCAAUAGUAAUAGCAAUUCAUUUUGUCUUACUUUUUGCAUUAUUACAGGAAGAGUAUAUUUUGUAAAGAUAGGACAAAUUAAUUAUCCCCUUCUAUGUUAAGUUUGUGUGGGAAAGUCACCUAUCUUUAAAUAUUAUACAGUUUGGCACAUAGUAGAUGCUUAAUAAAUGAUUGGUGGUUGAUUAAUUGAUUGCAGUAUAGUAAUGUCAAAAUGUUCUCCAAGGAUUGGGUAUCAUUCUUUUUCUGAUAUUGGAGCAAAUCUAAGAAAGAGUUUGUCAUUAAUUUAUUAUACUUAAUUUCAGGGUUUUUUUUUAAGAUAUGAGUUUUGUCUUAUUGUUUUUGGAAAUGUAUAUAUACUUAAUACAGUUAAGUACCCUCUUACACUUAAGCAAGUGUUGAUGCAAUUACAAAUAUUUUUAUAAUAAUAUUAAUAAUAGCCUUUGUAGCAAAAGAUUUGACAACACUUUUUCUCCCUAUUAAAAACUCCUAUUAUCAGGAGUCAGACAGCCAUAAAAAAUUGGUGUGCUCAGGUCUGAAUCUUGAAUAAAAUCUUUAAUAUUGGGAGUUCGUUACCAAGUUUGAUUUUACUAUUAAAAAUUCAUUGAGUAAAUAAAUAAAGUUUGUGGGGCUUUUUUAAGCAUUUACUAAUAAAAAAUGGCCAGCAAGCAUAAUUGUAAAUUAUCAAUCCAUAAAGUUGAACUAGUGAUUUGGAUAUUUUCAUAAAAGUUCGAAUGCUAGUAUUUGGUGGAAAUGAGUAUAAUUCAUGUUUUGUGAUUACUGCAUUAGUACCAUGUGUUAUCUCUGUUAAUUCAUUAGAUUAGAUUGACCAUUAUGGAGUCUGGAAUUUGAGCCUUCACAGCUUAUAAAGAUGAAUCUCAAAAUCCUUGGGUCAAAUUGUAUUUUAUAUUUGGAGGGGAGAGGGGGAAAUCAACCUUUUAUCUAGUAACAAUUAAUUAGGGUCCUAAGUAGAAUGUAUUUAAACAAAACUUAAGGUUGUUUCCUCUUAUGCCUUCAUACAUAUAAAAAUAAUUAGAUAGCUGCAAUAUUUAGAUUUAAAGGAUUUAAUUAAAUUUUCAUUGAAAGUAUAAGUUUCUAUAGCCAGAAAGAUUACUUGAACAUUUUGAGAAUUCUGACAUGCUGGAGUUAUGCUUACAGUGAUAGAAAUGUUUUAAAUACAACCUUAUUAAGAAAGCUUGAAACAUUAAACUCACUCUCACAUAUCUUAAUAGUGUCAUGUAGUUGUUUAACAAUAUCAACUGGCUCAACCUUCUUACAUUAUGUCAGUCUUCUCUAUUUCAUAUUGCAUGUUUAUUUUAAAUGGUCUCUAGCUAAGCAUGAUGUAUGUAUUGGUUUAAAUAAAAUGUUAACAUGAAAGAA